AUGACUCACUCGGAUACCAAGAAAAGUCGUAAUGAGCGUAGUAACAUGAAUUCCAUGAGUAGCGAUCCAAAUGACAUUAGUCUUUUAUUUGCAAUUUUACACAAAAAUUUUCGAACAGCAUUAGCUGCGAAUAAAAUAAAUAUUAUUUCUUUAUACGAUUCCCAUGCGAAACAAUUAAUUUUACAGCAGCAACAGUCUUUAUUGGCUGUGAAAAAUUUAUCGAAUAAAAGUCAAAAUUUCAAUAUAGGGGAACAGCUUUCUGCUCGUGCGGAUAGGUUAGCCGUAUCAGCGUGGAACGUCAAAACGCUUAUGGACGUUGCAAGUCAAGCGAUCAUUGUCCACACCCUUUCCAAAUAUCGUGUGGAUAUCGUUUGCUUGCCGCAGGUCCGUAAUCCUCACUUCGGGUCUCGAGUAAUUACUAAUCCUUGUUCGGAGCAGAAGUACUGGCUAUACUGUGGUGCUACGGAUAACUCGGGGAGAAAUGGCGUAGCGAUUGUCAUAUCUGAGAAAGCCCAUUGCGCUUCGAUUGAAGUGGAAACCGGUUAUAAUGCCGCUGCGGUGGCCUCGAAAAUUGACAUGUAUGGCGACCUGUGCGCUAAAUGGGAACGCCUUUUUUGUUAUGCCGAAGAGCAUGAACAAUUACUUGCUUCCAACAUCGUAGAAAAUCUGACAAAUGGGCAAUCUUUUAUGUAUCUGACCAUGUUAUGA